UGAUUGUGUCUUGGUGCAUGGCUUGGGCACUUUUUUGCUCUUCUUAUCUUCCGUGUGCUUGCUUCUCCGACGACAAGCCAUCAUGGCGCAAGCCGAGGUGGACGCCUGCCUGGCGGCAGAUCUCCAGAACGAACAGCAUGAAGGGCGCACCCACUUGACCAUUUGCAUGGAUUGCUCUGGUUCGAUGAUGGGGCCGAAGAUGACGCACGCUCGUGAAGGAACGCUCUCCCUCUACGCAAACCUCCACCCCGGCGACACAGUGGAGUUGAUCACCUUUUCGUCGAUGGUCGCGACCGCCAUUCCUCGCGUGCUCAAGGAUGACAGCACAGAUGAUCGCUUUGCCGCAGCGGUCCAACGCAUGUGUGCUCGAGGCUCCACCGCUUUUUAUGACGCCAUUCUCAAGGGCCUUGAGAGUCUCUCCCGGGCCGAUGCCCUGCGAGGCAAUGAUCAGAAAGCAAAGGCGGAUCAGGCCGAGCGCACCGUUUCCACCAAGCGUGUGCUCGUCGUGGUGACCGAUGGCGAGGAUACAGCUUCGCAUCGUGCUCUGUCAGACGCCGUGCAUGCCCUGGCUCAGCCAUAUUUGGACAACUUUAUGUUUGUGGUCAUGGGGAUCAAUCUCAUGCACCAGGGCUUGGAAGCGGCAAACGCCUUGUGCCAAUAUACGCACUGCAAAAUGUACAAGGUCAAGACGCAGAGCGCGCAGUGCACCGCCAUGGGCACGGCUUUUGAUCGAGCCGCCACUCGCAUGUUUGACAACUCCAUGACGUGCUUUUCUUCCGAUGCAGCCCCAAUUUUGCGCUCGUCCCAGCGCAAUGCCUCGCGCUGCUGCUCUUCCGUAUCGAGCAUGGAAGCUUUGGAAGAUCGCUUGGCAGACUUUGAUAGCGACGAGGAAGAGGUGGAUGUGGCUUGCGCCACCUCUGCAACGCGCCGUCGCCAGCCCACGUUUAGGUUGUCGCGGGUGGGGCGCCGAGAUCGCGCCGGCAGUGUGUCUUCGGACGAUUAUUCUGACGCAGAUUCCGAAACAACGGAUUCGGAGGACGAAUACUGUGAGGACUUGGCGUCGGACGCCGACGCCACCGAGCUACCACCGCGACCCGGUGGCGGCUUGACACCCCCGCACAUGGCGGCCUCGGGCUCGAAUACGGGUGGCUCCUGGUUUUCUCAGCUGGGGCGCCGAGUGUUUCAGCAUCUGCGCCUAGUUGGAACCCAAGGUCGCGUGCUCCAGGUGGACGAGCUUGACCAGCCCGCAGAACCCGUGGGUGAAGUGAGCAACAACGGUGGGCUCCCCGUCGCGUCUUCCACCUCCCCGCCACCCCCAUAUCAACCAUGA